AUGCCGUUCGGAUUAAAAAAUGCAGGGGCAACAUACCAACGCUUGGUCGUAGCCAUGUUUUCAAAGCAGAUUGGAAGGGACAUUGAAGUAUACGUUGACGAUAUGGUCAUUAAAAGUGAAGGUGAAGAAAGAAUGCUACAGGACGUUGGAGAGACCUUCAAGACAUUGGAAGAAGCAAAGAUGAAGCUGAACCCGAACAAAUACACCUUUGGAGUUGAAGAAGUCGUGGCGGUGGAUUAUUUAACAAAAUGGAUUGAAGCGGAGCCGUUGGCAUGCAUAAUAGGAAGGCACAUAAUUAAAUUUGUCUGGAAGAACAUCAUGACCAGGUUUGGCACGCCUAAAAUACUGAUAAGUGACAACGGACUCCAAUUUGCUGAAAACCCGUUCAAAGAAUGGUGUGCCAGCAAAGGGAUCAACCAGCGAUUCACAUCAGUGACACAUCCACAAGCAAACGGACAGAAAGAAGUAUCCAAUAGAACCAUCGUGAACGGGAUCAAGAAACGACUAGGGAAGGCCAAGGGAAACCGGACUGAGGAAAUACCAACGGUACUAUCGUUAUAUAGAACAACCCCAAGGACAAGCACACAGGAAACACCAUUUAACUUGACAUAUUGA